UUGAAAACAUCCAACUGUGCAGAUCAUCUCCAGCAAGACACUGACGUCUUCUCAUACUUUCAGACUUCAAACUCCAACAUGAUCGUGCUCCUCUUGUUGUUCGGCCUGGCUCUGGGUGCUGUGGUUCCUCCAGAAAAGCAGAGAGUGGCGCUACAGCGAGGCAGCUGUCCCUCGCACUGGUUCAGCUUCAACAGACGCUGCUACAAGUACUUAGCCCCACGUGUGACCUGGGCUGAUGCAGAGCUCCACUGUGUGUCACUGGGAGCCAACCUGGUGUCUAUCCACAGUCUGCAGGAACAAGAUUUCGUCCACUCCCUGAUCAGGCUGCAUCUCAAUGUGGCCAAGACCAGGGAGAUGGUGAUCAACUUCCAGAAGAAGUGGACAGCUACACAGCCGCUGCACAUCCUGGGUGAGCACAUGGUGGAGGAGUACCUGGUUGUCUACCUCAACAGCAGACUGAGCUGGAGGACCAACACUGACUCUGUUUAUAGGAAGGGGAUGAGCAGACUCUGUUUUCUGAGGAAGCUGAGAUCCUUCAACGUAUGCAGCAGGAUGUUGGAGGUCUUCUACCAGCCUGUGGCCAGCGCCCUGUACUUUGCAGUGGUCUGCUGGGGGAGCAGCAUCAGAGCCGGUGAUAAGUACAGACCGAACUUACUGAUCAGCCAACUCCCUGAUUGGUUGCAAACCAGACUGUCUUGA